CCGCAGGCGCCCGAGGUCUCGAGCGCUCUCAAUUGGCUCUCAAUUCGAAGUGGCAAACCCCGAGCCAACUCUUGCCUUUACCUCUCGCCUGGCACUUGGUGGUCGCUGCAUCCUCCUAGUUUCUUUGGCCUCACUCACGCACUUCCCGCGUCAGUCGAGAUGAGCGGAGUAGCGAGUGCCAUCCGACGUCUUCUCCCAAAGCAGCUGCCUUCAUCACUUUCAAGUCGUCCCGGGAAUCUCUACGAAGUGCUCUCUAGAUAUCCACAAGAUGGUGUGGGCCAAAUAGUGCAUCAGACCCGGUGGACGGCGAAGGGGUUGGCCGAGUGCCAUUGGGAGGUGUCGCGGACGAAGUUGAAGCUCGAGGGCACACAUGGAAGGGCCUGGGGUUAUCUGACAUGGCGGGGCAAACGGGUCAGUGAGCAGGACGAGAAGAUACCUGGUGGUUUGAAAUACCGAUGGGCACCAGGAGCGUCCAGCGGACCUGCAGGUCAGCCAUCGGCACCAAAGUCUACGGCUUAGCGCUAUCUUGCAUCCUUCUCUAUAUACUCGU